AUGAAAACAGGCCGUGUGGAGGGAGCUUCGGAAACAUCCAGAGAACCCCAUUCAUCCUCAGAUUUCUCCAACUUUGAGACAGAGUCCGUGCAUCACACAGACAAGGAGAUUCAAGCGGAUUUGGAUCACACCAGCAAUUUGGAAGGAUCGGAAUAUUCUUAUCAAGGAGGGAGUGUAGAGUUCAAGGAAAUGCAGGCAGGAAUUGAGUUUGCCGUGAAGAUAACGCCAGUUAAAGAUAUCAAAAAGCACAGGGAAAAGAUGGACGCUGUGAGGGACACCCCGGCCUCUUCAUACAUCCCCGAUGAUAUGACGGAGACCUUAGACAACAAGAGCCAAGCAGAGCGGCUGGCAAACAGCACCCAAAGAGGGACCAGUGCUUUGCAGCCAGGAGCGUUCUCCCGGAUGGGUGUCGCCAGCAGUAUGGAGGGGAUGGGUCAACUGAACAGCAGGCAGAUCACAGCGGCGGAUCUUGACCUGGAGAAGAUGAGGCUGGAUGGCGCGAUCACCAGGCUGAAGUACAGGCAUGGCGAUAACGAAAAGCGGCGGCGGCACGAGGAGAAAAUGGAACUGCUGCGUCAACAGUCAGCUUCUCGCUCAAUUGGUCAAGAGCUCCACGAAUUACUCCAGCCCCAGAACCAGUAUGCCCUAUUUUUUUUCUGCUUCAUCUUUAUCCAUGUUAUUUACACAGUCAGGGAGCUGGCUUUCUAUUUUAUUAUGAAACACCACAUACUCUGGUUCGUCAUUUUGCUGUAUUUCGUUUUCAGGAAGAUUUUCCUGGAUUAUAAAAACAGGAAAAACUAACCACGAAACAACUGCAGACUCCAGUCAGCAAAGAAAAGAGGACACGUAGCUCCCUCGAUGUUUAUGUAUCUCAGUUUUUUUCCCUCCUCUCUUCUUCCUUCCUCUUUACAAUCCCCCUUCCUUUCUAAUGCACACAACGAAGGCACAUUUUGUCUUGGCUGCCCGAAGGCCUGACCGUUCUCUCUUCCUUCGGUGUUGUGUUUGUCUUUGUUAUUCAGUUAAAGAAUCGCCCACUGCAGCCAUCCAGCUGAGCCUGCUGCGGUC